GCCAUGAGGUCCCAAGUGCACCAGAACGACCACGCCGAGAGUGAAGCUGGGGUCAAACGCUUAGUCAACCAGUUCCUCCAUGCCAGCUACGCGCACCUGCCCCUGAGUUAUUAUUUCACCUGGGAUGAUGCAGCUUUAUUCAAGUUUGCGUCCUUUUUCUGGCAUCUGUCUGAAGAGAAACAUGAACAAGCUGAGAAACUGUUGACCUUCCAAAACCUUCGUGGAGGGAGAGCUGUCCUGCAGGAUGUCAAAAAACCACAGCAGGAUGAAUGGGGGAAUGGAGCCUCUGCCAUGGCCUUUGCCCUUCAGCUGGAGAAGAGCGUGAACCAGGCCCUGCUGGAACUGCACCAAAUUGCUUCUUGCCGUUUGGAUCCUCAUAUGUGUGACUUCCUAGAGACUCUCUACCUUGAUGAGGAGGUGAAGCUGAUCAAGAAGCUGGGGGAUCACCUGACCAACCUGAAGCGUGUGCGUGCCAGUGAGGACGGCCUGGGCGAGUACCUCCUCGAUCGUCUCACCUUGGGUGAGUCCAGCGACUGAGCUGCAAAGUGCUGGCUGCCCCCAGAGUCCUCUCGCCAACACGUCCUGCUGCGUUGC